AUGCCCUUCUUCACUCGUGUUUUCCGGGGCAAGGACGCCAAUUCUACGAAGAAGGCGACCAAAACCCCCGUCGCGGAGGACACUAGCCCCGCGAAGCCAACAUGGACCGACGCGUGGCAACGAACGGAGGUGGCCCCCGAGGAAGUUCAAGACCUGCUCCGGGGCUGUACUCAAGAACUCAAGUCGCGAGGUAUGCUUGUCCCGCCAGAAUUGACGUCAAUUGUGGAAAUCGGAGCUCUACAAACGCCCUUCCUUCUCUUGCCCUUCCGUCCCAGCUCCGAUUCAACGGCCGCUCGCACCUUCAUUCGCAACUACUUCAACCAGUCAGUCGAGAGAGGCUCGCCUCUCGGUGGAGAUGCCUUGUCGCAAGAAUUACGGCUUUCGGACCCCAUGGUCCUAUGCGGUGUGAUGAAGUGGUGUUGGGCUAGACUGCCUGGUGGAGUUGUUACUUGGGAGGCAUACGAAUUGUUUAAGGUCGGCGAGCAAGAUUCUCAAUUCGCCCGCGAUGCGUUCACGACCUUCAUUCCGCUCAGUGUUGAUUCAGACGCCCGGACCAAGAUCAUCUUCGAUUUCUUCGACCUCUUGACGGCUAUCGCAGCCCACGGGAAAUCCAAUGGCCUGGGUGGACGAAAGCUUUCUAGAUACGCCGGAUGGUGGGCCUUUGAGCAUACGGACAUGGGGAAUGGCUUUGAAGCCGCUUAUAAAAAUUGGAUGGCUGCUGCGGACGCAACGAGCCAUCUCUUCUUCGCCUACCUGCGCUCCUUGUCUCCGGAGGCCCGACGGAUGGGCAGCAUCUCCACCCUGCCUAUUACCUUGCAGUCAUUGAUUCAGGCCACAGAGUACCCGCCGGAGACGCCCGCCCUUCUUCAGGUCUCGACUACUAGAGUCGUCAUGAUUGUUGACACGGUCUCGCCUACCCCCUUUGCUCUUCUCCGGCGCGCAAAGAACUUUGAGUACCGAGACAGCGAUCACCAUCUGCAGGAAUUUUCGAAUCUCGAGGACCCUCUUCGCGCUCUAACCGAUGAGUGUCUCCGCGUGCUGAAAUGCAUUUCUUCCACCAAUCAAUCUAGCGAAGCGGACCCGACCAAGUCUGACCGGGAAGCUUCGUGGUCGAGAUUCGAGGAUUUCGGUUUCGGUGGUGCGCUGGAUGAUGACGUGGAUGAUGCAAAGGGUCCUGCCUCGAGAAAAGAAUUCGGGGAUGGUCUGCGUUCCGCCCCCCAGUCCGGCGGAGGGGAUUUGGGGCGUCCUACCACUCCAUCAUGGGCAGAUUUCAUGUCAUCAGGCUUCAAUGACGAGAGUGUCUUCAAGUCUCCUGUUGCUCCCGUGCUACUUCCCCCGGACAAAGUUCUGCCCCCUAUUGCAACCAUUCGCGGUCAGAGUUCGCAGUCUCAUAAGCGCACCCUGGAUACUGAAACGUCUAUUGAUCCGGGCGAGCUAGCAAGUAUCACCACUCUCGACCUCGAUGAUUCUUUCUGGUGGGUGUGGAUUAGCAGUCUUGCGGGUGAAGAGUCACCGCUGCGUAAAGCGGUGUUUGGACGGUGCGCACUGCUUGAGACUAUCAUCAAGGGUGCGAAGUGGCUUGUUCUAGAGGAGCAGGUCAAGGGCGCAGCCCCGGAACCCGAGGCCGGCGCGCACAUCGUCGAGAAGAAGAGCUUCUUCGGAUUCUCGACGCGCAAAAGGCUUGGACGGCGCAAGUCCUCGACCAAGAAGGUUAACGCGGUCGAGGAUGCCUACAAGAGACCCGACAACCAGGCGCCACAGAGCAAGACUAGCAUUGCUCCUGACCAGCAUGCGCGUAUCCAGGCUGCCGCCGCCGCUCUCCAGAGAAAGCAUCGGGAGCAGGAGUCUGCGAAUGGAUCUCAAACAAACCUCGCAAAUAAUCGCUAUUCGACCAAGACUAAUUCGGUCCUGACCUUGCAACCUGGCAUCGUGAACGAGGCCUCGCAUGCAAUGAAAUGGGCUAGCAACUACGACAAGAAUGCGUACCGAAAGGCCUAUCUAAGCAAUGAUCAUGCGGGAACCGGGACCGCGUCGGACAGCAUGAAGGAACUUGCACGAGACAACGGGCCGCCAUCACCGACGACUAGUACCCGCCAGGCUCCUCCGCCAUUGCCGAAGGAUUCGGCUCCUAGCUCCCCAGCACCUAGGGCGUCCAAGGAGUUUCCCGAGGAGACCGCCAGCACCCCUAACAAUAGCACGAGUGACCCAUUAGCCGCCGAGUCGAUUCCCAAGAAAUCUAUGGACUCAGCAGACGACUCGGGCCGGAAGUUGAAGAAGAAGGCCGGAAAUACGGGAUUCAAGGGUCUCUUUGGAACGGUCAAGAAGAAGAAUAACCCCGACACCGAACCGAGACCGGCAAUGAAAGCAACUGGUGCCGAGAAGUCAGCCGUCGCCCAAGCCCGCGCCGCUUUGGAGAGCAAGGCUAUGGCUGCACAGCAGCAACCCCCUCGGUCUUCUCCCAAGGGACCCUCGACCCUGAAGAAGAAACCUGUUCCAGGAACGCCAACUGCUGAGUCUCGCGAGGCUAAUGCGGAUGCAGCUACUACACCGCGGGCGCCGCAGUCACCCCAGGCGCCCGAAAAAGCGGAGACUCAGCCCGCCGAAACUCGAGACCAACCUCAAGAGACCAAGGAGCCGUCCCAUGAGGUCCCCAGUCCGCCUAGCGCCAACGGCUACCACAGCAAAAGCCGACGGGAAGCCGAAAUCGAUGCUCUCUCACGCGUCGACACCAAUGAACGGGCAGCAGCUGACCGUGAAUUUUCGAGGUUUGAUCAGGGGCCCCUGAUGGAACAACCGGCAUUCGCCCCAGAGGAUUCGCCGGUCUCUCCAGACUUCCCGGAGAAGAAAGACGCUGCGCCUGCAGUCUCAGCCACUCCUGAGGCACCCACCGAGCCCCAGGCCAAUGACGCUGAGACCAGCGCUCCUAGUCCACAGGCCAAUCCCUCCUACGAUCGCUGGGCCCAGAUCCGCAAGAACGCCGCGGAAAGAGCUCAACAAGGUCCGGCCCCCGGCGAACACUCUCGCCCCAGUGAGGCUGAUGACAGCGAUGAUACCAGCGAAGAAGAGAGCUUUGAGACUCGUGCCGCUCGUAUCAAGGCCCGCGUUGCCGAGCUGACCGGCAAUAUGCAAGCCUAA